ACGAAAUCCCAACCAAAUUCUCCAUGAGAAAUCCUUGGCCAAAAGGGCUGGUGAGCCAAAGGAAUUUAAAUAAAUAUGACGGCCAUCAGAGAAUUGGCCAUCACCGUACGACGGGCAUCCACCAAAUGCGCCAAAGUUGGGCAUUCCUCGGUCUCGGUGGCGCGGUCUCUGAGGAAACUCUCACCCACGGCAUUCAAGACUCUUCGCCGGGUAAUUGCCAAGGUGGAGCAUUUGGGCAUAUUGGGUCAGAAGAUAAGGCUGAAUGAGCGGGAGCAGGAAGCCAACAAGGUUAUCAUGGCCGUCAAAAAAGAGGAGAUAUCCAAGGGCAUAUUGGACCCAAGCCAGUUUACGCCAGGUCAACACAUUUUUAAGACCCUGACCGAGAUCCGUAAAUCGCAGAUCUUUAAUCUGAUCAAGCGGAUGCCCAAGGGCGGAGUGCUCCAUGCUCACGAUACGGCACUCUGCAGUACGGAGUAUCUUAUUAGUUUGACCUACCGUGAGAAUCUUUGGAUUUGUACAGCGAAUGAGGGAUGCAAGGCCAUUGGUUUUCGAUUUUCCAAGCAGAAACCCACCCAGAAACCAAUGGAGGAAUGUAAUUGGGAACCAAUGGAGGAGUUCCGAAACCGGCGAGGUGAAGAUAAUGUCACCAAAUACCUCAAGCGCCGCUUCAGCAUGUAUCCUUUCUCCAAGUUUGUCUCGAAUAAUCAAGCCUGGGCGCAUUUUAUGGGUAUAUUUAUUCUGCUGGAUGGUUUGCUCUGUCACGCCCCCAUUUGGGCGGAAUAUUAUUACAAUGCCCUCAAAGAGUUUUCCGAGGAUGGUGUCCAAUACUUAGAGCUGCGAUCCCUUCUUCCUCCGCUCUACUGCAUCGAUGGUACUAUGCUGACCACUAUGGACACGGUGGCAAUCUAUAAGGCGGAGCUGGAACGCUUCAAGGCUGACCAUCCGAAUUUCAUUGACUCCAAGCUUAUAUAUGCCCCUCUACGAGGAGUGGAGCCAAGUGUGGUCGAGCAAUAUGUAAAGACAGCUGUGGAACUGAAUAACGAAUUUCCGAACUUCAUGGUGGGCUUCGACCUGGUUGGUCAGGAGGAGCUGGGUCGACCGCUGAUAGAUUUUGUGGAACCUUUGCUGAAAAUGCCCGAGCACAUAAAUUUCUAUUUUCACGCUGGCGAGACAAACUGGUUUGGAUCGGCCAUUGAUGAGAACCUAGUAGACGCCAUCUUGAUGGGCUCCAAGCGAAUCGGACAUGGAUAUGCACUUACCAAGCACCCGCUGAUAAUGCGACUGGCCAGACUAUUAGAUAUCCCCAUCGAAGUGUGCCCCGUGUCUAAUCAAGUGCUUCAACUGGGAGUAGACUAUCGCAACCACCCGGCGGCACUCCUUUUGGCCGCCAAUGUUCCCAUUGUUAUAUCUUCAGACGAUCCAUCUUUCUGGCGCUGUGCCCCACUGUCCCAUGAUUUCUACUUCGCAUUUCUGGGCAUUGCACCGAUGGACGCGGACCUGAGGUUCCUCAAAUGCCUGGCCAUCAAUUCCAUCCAGUACAGUGCCCUUGUUGGUGAGGAAAAGAAAGUGGGUUUCGAAAAGUGGCAGAAUAUGUGGGACAAAUGGAUCGACGAUGUGGUGGAGCAGAAGUCUUGUUAGGAACAUCCUUAAAAAAUGAAUAUAACACAUGGUGGUUUUAUA